GAGGUAAGUCUUGGGUGUUGUGCACUGACACAGUACAAGUUAAUUAGCACUGGGCUCCUGGUUGUAGAAUUUGGCAGCUCCAGGCUAACUGCAGUGCCAGAGGUGAAGAUGCCUUUGUUGCUCGUUUUUCUGUGGGCCGGACGGCCGUUUCCGGGGUCCUUCAAGGGGUCCUCGGACCCUCGUUUUGAGAGCAUAGUUCUGGGCUCCUCGGGAAGCUUCUAUGAGGAGUGAGUGAAGGAAGUCACAGCCCAUGUUUGGAAAUGUUCUCCCAGGGGCGCUGCAGCAGCAGCCGGUGGAGCUACAGUCAGCUGGACAGCUCGGAGUUGACCGCACACGGGAUUUGUUUUUACUCCGGAACGGAUCAGCCUUGUGACGGGUGUUCAUCAUCAUGGCUCAAGCAAAAAUACAGGCGAAGAUGAACGAGGCUACCUGUAGCAAGUUCAGCAGGACGCUAUCCAUGGCAGAUCGCUCGGGGCGGCUGCUGGAAAGUUUGGACCAGCUGGAAAUGAGGGUGGAGUCUUUACGCGAAGCGGCAUCGGCCAUGGAGCAGGAAAGGGAGUGCAUCUUGGAAAUGAUUCAAUCUCUACAGAACAGUCAAGAAAUGCGUAACAUCUGUGCUGGAGAGAGAGAGGAGUUAACUUUAACUGCAGACCGUUUAAUGGGCCGGACGCUGUCUGUGGAAAUCUCUGUUGGGACAAUCAGAAACCCGCAGCAGGAGGAGGCGCUACAAAAAGCCACAUCCAUCAUAGAUGAAAUAGUGAAAAAGUUGCUGGACGACAUGGAGGGGAGCAGGCAGAAGCUACUGGCCCUGCACGCCGCAUGUGUGACUGAAGCACCGGCCAUUCCCAUCGACCAGAAGUUUCAGGCCAUUGUGAUCGGUUGCGCUCUGGAGGACCAGAAGAACAUAAAGCGGAGGCUGGAGACUCUAUUGAGAAAUGUUGAAAAUGCUGAAAAGAACAUCAAGAUUAUGGAUCAUCAAAAACUCGAGAACACAAAAGCAAACGGUAGUCAAUAAGACUCAUCACCAAAGCAUUAAAUGUGCCUUGAAUGUUCGCUUUCAGAAGGCUGCUACUUGUAGCAAGAAAAGUGAGCAACAAAUAUCCAGUUUUACCAAAUCAUUGUCAUUUUUACAUUGAUCUACUUAAUAUUGGUUACUUAAUGUUUAUACAAUGUAUGUGUGUGUUCACAUAUGCACCUAGUGCAGUAAAAGAUGCUGAACAGCAAUGAAUUAAACAACUCUCUUUUUGUUUCAUUGCCUCACUUUUAAAUUUAGGUAGUUGAUUUUGUAAGUGCACACACUACCUCUUUGUGUGAAAUCAACACAAGAUAUAUGGAUUUUAUUUUGUAUUUGCACAUGAGUUUUAUUUCAGAUCACGUGUCAAAAAACGAAAUAAACCUGUUGUCUUAUGAG